AUGCCAGGAGAUAACAGAUUCUACAAGUAUCUCGUAGUAUAUCCGUUCAACGUACUCUCAAUUGGUAAAAUUACUAUUAUUGUAAGUUAUAUAUGUUUUGUGACUUUUCAAAAUCUGAAAAAUCGUCAGAUUCUCCUCAUUUUUUCUCUCUACGGCUGGGAUGCGGAACAAAAAACAUCAGGCAGGACUCGUCUACUUACUUUCGUGAAGCUUCAAGAACAUUUUCUCCUUCAGGAACAAACUUUCUACUGGCAAUUUAUGAUAUUCUGGCAAUUGGAGUGGCUGCCGUCUCGCUUUGGUUUAUCGUUCAGAAAUUUUAUUGGUUGAAAGUGGUAAGCGUUUGGUUUGUAAAUAAUUUGAAAUAAAUUUAUCCCAGGAGGCAGUUUUCAACAUCAUCGGGAUGGUUCUCUCGAUCGCCUCAAUUUCGACUAGUUUUGUAGUGACUCUGGUGCCAGCAUCCAUUCAAUCGGUAAUCGUUUCCACUCCACUUUCAUCUGAUCAUUUUCGAUUUGCAGCUGACACACAUUCUCACCCUCUCACUCUGGAUUUUCUCUGCAUUCUGGGCAUGGCGUGAGACAUACAACAACGUGAGCAAUCUGUUCAUUACGGAGUGGGGUGCGGGCACCGAUGAGACUGAAAUCGAAUACCUGGAGCAGAAUUUCUGA